CUUAAGUGCAAAGUUUAGCUCCGAUCUCUCGCGUCUUACGAGUGAAGUGAACAUUUUUAAUUCGAUUUGAAAAAAACAACUAUUCCACCAUUUUUUAAGGAUAAAAGUCAACAGUUUUGCAUUCGCUUGUGCUUAUACUUCUCAUCAACAACAACAAAAACUUGAAAGUGUACAACAUGAAAUUCAACGCAACGCUGGCUUUAAUUGUGAUCUGCGGCUUAGUGGCCUGCAGUCAGGCUUUGCCCGCCAAAAAGAGAUUAGCCUACUACCCACAGCCCGCUGCGGCUCAAUACUAUGCCGCUCCACAGCGCAUGAUGUUCAUGCGUUACGUGCAACCCUCGUACGGUAAUGCCCGCUCUCAUCAAGCUGCAGCCGCGCUUGUGGCUGGCGAUUCUGUCGCUACCGGCACUUAUCUGCAGGAUUGUAUUCACACAGGCUCCGCUGAUGGUGUUGCCGCUGCCUCUGUUCCCGUUGAAGCUGCCAGCUUUUCUGGCGAAGUGCAAGAGGAUGCUAUUGCCGCUGCUGGUGCCCAUGUCGCCCACUCUGUUGCUGAAGCCUAUCCCGCUGCGCCCGUGGCUGUGCCUGAAGAAGAACAACACAAAAUAACCGUCCAGGUUGAUUUGGAUCCUGCCAGCGCUGAGGUGAGCGACGACGAAGCUAAGGAAGCCCGCGAAUAUAGCUACAAUGUUCCAGUUUCUGGUCAUGUUGCUGGUGGCGCUGAUCUUGAGCACAAUUUCGCUGGUGAAGCUGCCACAGUUGCUGAGGUCGAGAGUGCUGAACCUGUUGCCCCCGCUGCCGGUGCCGCCGGCGCUGAUGCUGGUGCUGCCACCGUUACUGUUGGUGUUUCCGGUGCGGCCGAGUCCGAAGUUCCUGUUGCCGGCAGUGUCUCAGCUUCUAAGGGUAUUGACGUGAGCAUUAACUUGCCUGCUCCAGCACCAAUUGCACCAGUCGCACCAGUUGCCCCAUCUGUGCCCGUCGUUGCAGCUAAGCCCGCCAGACGUUACUUGCCAGCCAAAAAGAAGGUCAUCGUUGAAUUGGAACAAGCUGCCGAAUCCGAAGAUGAUGCCGAGAACGCUGUGGCUGUUCAAGAUGAUGACGAUGUCGAAGAGGAAAGCGACGAUGCUUACGCUCUAGUGCCAGUCGCUCCCAAGGUGCCUGCUCGCCGUCCAGUCGCCAAAAAGCCCGCGAAGGCUGGUUGCGCCGGCUGCUCAAAGGCUAAGCCUCUGCCGGCUGGUACCUUCUUCCCCGUCGACUUUGGUGGCGCUACCGGUGGUGCCAUUGCCAUUGCCAAUUCCUUCAGCACUGGUGAGGGUGGUGCCGCCACUAGCCACGCCAUCGCCUAUGGCAAUCCUGAACAAGCACGCACUCACUUGCGCCCCAGCAGACGUCACUAAAAAUCUGUCGCGCAUGAAAUAGAAUUAAAAAAAAAUUUGUGAAAUCAUUACCCAGUAGUGCAACGCAAAUGACUUGAUAAUGUAAUGCCAGGACGAAUUACUUGUAAAACCCUUUUAACAAUUGUUUCUAUUAAUAAUUAUUUUUAUUUUUACCUUCUUAGCCCAAUUGUACAUGACGACCCCACAAAAAAAAAAAC